AUGACAGAUCAUUUAAAAGAAACUAAUUAUAUUGACCUUACACAACCAUCGAAUUUAAAUGAAUUAAACUAUGAAAAAGAAAAUGAAAAAAAAUUCGAAUUUUUUAAAAGUUUUAAUACUCAUGUUGACGAAUGUAUUAAUCUUAUAGAUGACAUUGAUGAAAAACAGGAAGAUGAAAUUAGAGGCGAUUCUCAUUUUGGUAUCAAAAAGCAAGUAAGUUGUCUUAAAGAUGAAAUUCACGACAAUGACUUUUCAUUAACAUCCGGCAAAUCAUCAAAUAAUGAAAAAAAUCUUAAAACUAAUGAAAUUGUUAACAAAAAACGAAAGAAAAAACCUAGUAAAGUUAUUCCUUGGACAAAAGCUGAGGAAGGACAACUUAUGCAAGCAAUAGAAACUCAUGGAACUAAAUGGAGUGUAGUAAGAGAAGCAAUGGGGUGUAAACGCGCCGCUUAUUGCUAUCAAAGUCAUUGGAACGUAAUGAAGAAAAGAUUGUAA